AUGACACCCGACGGCUUGUGGCGAACACAUGCUUUGCGGCUCGAGAACGAAUACGCCUCUUUGAAGGCAAAGUAUGAAGUGGAAAAGAUGAAGACUCUCGCGCUCUCAGCAACUACGCGAACGUCAUGUGUCCCGGAGAGUUCAGCUCAGUCAGUAACUGAAAUGGCUAAAAGGAAGUCGAGAAAGAAAAAUGCUCCGACAAUUCCAACAAUGCCUCCGCGUUUAGAUUUGAGAUCUGUUCUGGAGGAACUGAAUCCUCGAAGUGGCAUUCCAAUCCUGAUGGGUCUCUGGCCAGGAAUUCUUAUCACUGCACUGGAUUCGUUUUUCCGGCUGGCUUCUAGUCAGGAAGAGUCUCGGGUGCCGCCAGAAACUCUCCUUCCAUCUGGCCAGUGUGCCCUCGAUGCUAUCCGUGCAUCACUGAAGAGUAUCAUCGAAUGUGACGAUAUCUCUAAACCUCAAUUAGAUAUUCUCAAGGUGCUUGACAUUCUCACUCAAGACGUCAUCGUCACUGCUCUUCCUACCAUCGCAUCCCUUCUUCCAGCCAACGGCCUACUGGAUUCCUUCAUAUCAACAACACGGGAACUACUACUUCUACUCAUUCAUUCAUUCCUUCCUCUUUCCGUAACGUAUCUCCAACGUUCUCUUUUGGCUGGCUCCAAAUCCUCAAAUACACACUGUUCUGACGAUGGGGACCGGAGCAUCGUCGUCGACGUGAGGGCUGACAUACUGGUCCUGUUUCGGAAUGUUUUAUGCAAUCUUUUUGGCUCAUCCUCGCGGUCAAGAGACACAGUAUCGUCGGUCCUCUCACGGCUCCAUGGCGUUCUGCGGCUCGACCUUGACAAUUUGAGACUGUCGCUAGCACUGGAGGCAAUUCGGGAACUUGACUGUGUGCUUUUCAGCAGCGGCAUGAAGAUCAACGGGAACAGCUCUAACGGAAGCUAUCGAGAAAGUGACGGUUUUUCUCUCUGUGUUCCCACAGACACAAUACCUCUGCUUGCAGAAGGAGAGGAUCAAGUUGAAAGGACUGCACAUAACGACGACGACUUUCUGUCUGUGAAGAAGCUUGCGGUCAAAGAUACUCUGUGGUACCUAUGCACUUUGCUCCACGUUCUCUCAGGCGACAAUGUUCCGCCCGAUUCUGAAGCGAAUCAUGCUGUCGACAAUGACAGAGUGUUGGAAAGGUCGGCCAACGCACAGCCAUCGCAUCUAGCGCCAAGUCUAGCUGAAGACACGAGGAUCGCACAUGAAGAAAUUACGAAAUCGUUUCGCAAGGCCGUAGAAACUGCUUUAUUUGAACUGGUUAUCAAAUGCCAAAAGAGCAUGAAGGCCACCCUGGUUAGGCGCUGUCGGGAAGUCGGACAGGAGGCCGUUAUCCUCACAGAAAGAAACAAUUCAUCCCCUGCACCUAACAUAGCGGGAUCGCCGACACAAGGCAAAGAUGUCAAUGGUGACGAACCCAAGGUUUUACUCGGUGAUCAUUUUCAAAGACGUUCCUCCUCCCUAAGAAGUGGAAGCCGAGCGGGGGAUUUGCUCUCCGGAGAAGAGCUUAAGAAAGGGUUUCGCAAUUUGGAUCGCUGGCCUCAGGUGAUGACAAGCGAGGGGCAAAACAGGGCGGAUCUACCAAUAAUGGAGCAUUCUAAAAAACCAGUUCUAUGCCCUGUUGAUGAAAUGGGGUACGGGAUGAUCUUGGGGGUGGUCGAGCGGUAUCUGAUGGGUCGGGUGCUUUGA